AUGUUCGCCUUCAUACAGAAAUGUCGACGGCCUCCGGAAACGAACCAUGAAGUCAUCAUCGGCGCCCCCAGCAAGCAAUCCGCCAACAACAAGCUCAACACCACCAAGUACAACGCGUUCGACUUUGUGCCCCGAUUCUUGGUGGCCAAGUUCCUCGAGCCGACCAACGCCUUUUUCCUCGUGCUCACCCUUGUAAAGUUGCUGCCCGAGGUCUCGGCGGUCCCGUGGCAUUCUUCCGGCGUCCCGUUGAUCAUCAUCAUCCUCGUCAACGCGUUCACUGAAAUUUACGAGGAUUUGCUCGAGGAAGGCCACAUUGUGCGACUGACGAAAGGCGACAUGGUGCCGGCCGAUUUGCUGAUUUUAAGCUCUUCGGAACCGGGCGGAGAUGUCUACAUGGAAACGGCGAAUCUCGACGGCGAGGCCAAUCUGAAAGUUCGACAAGCGCCCGCCGAGACGAUGGAAGAUCGCUACAUCCACCAGGGCCUUCUACGCGCCUUCCUCGGUCAACUGAUCCUCUUCUCAAAUCUGGUGCCCAUCUCGUUGUGCGUGACGAUCGAGGGAUGUCUGAUGUGGCAGGCGUAUUUUAUCAAGCAGGAUAUUGGCAUCUACGACGAGGAACGCGACCAAAAAUCGGAAGUCCGCUCAUUCGCCAUGAUCCCGAACCUUGGAUUGGUGAAGUACGUGAUGUCGGACAAGACGGGCACGCUCACCACCAAUCGGAUGAACUUCAAGUUUUGCUCGAUUGGAGGAAAAAGCUACGGCGUCGCGUCGGAAUCACCGGAAUUUGAUGGGCGCAAAAUGGUGCGCGAGCUGCGCUAUCGCACCCUAUGCUUUGGAUAUCGUGACGUCACCGAGGAGGAAUAUCUGACCUGGGCCGACGAGUGGAACAAGGCCAACUGCGACCUGCAGAACCGCGAGAAGAUGAUCGAGGAGGUGGCGGCAAAAAUGGAGCACGAGAUCCUUCUGCUUGGCGCCUCCGCCAUUGAGGAUAAGCUGCAGGACCGAGUCCCCGAAACGAUCGCCCGUAUGCUGCAGGCCGAAAUGAAGGUCUGGGUGCUGACUGGGGAUAAACUCGAAACGGCCAUCAAUAUCGGUCACUCUUGCUCCCUUCUCUCCCAGGAUACCCCAAAAAUCAUCCUCGACCGAAACACGGAAGCGGAAACAGAGGCCCUCCUCGACAGCUAUGUCGGGAUGGUGGGCGAGCGGAUGCUUGAUGCGAAAAACGCGCAAUUGGCGUUGAUUGUUGAUGCACAGUGCUUGGACUGGGUUAUGGGGUCGUCGACGAUGCGCAUGGACUUUUUGCGGAUUGCCCUCUGCUGCUCGGCCGUCAUUUGCUGUCGGUGUACACCAUUUCAAAAAGCCGCGGUGACGCGCCUCGUCCGCAACAACGUAGAUGGUCUCGUGCUGUCGGUAGGCGAUGGGGCUAAUGAUGUGGCUAUGAUUCAGGAAGCCGAUAUUGGUGUGGGGAUCACGGGCGUUGAGGGCAGCCAAGCUGCCAAUGCCUCCGAUUUUGCUAUCUCACAGUUCCACCACCUGGAUCGACUGCUGUUUGUACACGGAACAACGUGCUUUCACCGGAUCUCGACCGUCGUGCUCUUCUCGCUCUAUAAGAAUCUCAUCGAGGUUUCACUGAAUAUGUUCUACGGCUUCGACAAUGGCAAUUCGGACAACCCGGUGGCCGACGAGUCGACGAUGGUCCGCUACAACCUCAUCUACACCUGUUGGAUUGUCGGCAUUCUGGGCAUCUUUGACAACCCGGUCCCGUUGGAUGUGUUGGGAAAGUACCCGCUCCUCUACACGCAUUUCCAGGACAACCUCACCAACUUGAGCCACAUGAUCUGGUCGGCGAACGCGAUGCUCCACGGUGCCAUGCUGUACUAUGCGUAUCGGAUCUGGUGGCGCGAUGGGGGAGUGAUGUUCCCGAGUGGCCGUGACGGUUGGGGCCAGAUGGGUGGCUCGUGGCUGUAUUCGUGUAUGGUUUUCGUGGUGAGCCUGAAGUCGGUCCUCGAGAGCCUCUCUAUCACUGUGCUAACGGCCCUCGGCUGCUUGAGCUCGAUUAUUGGCGUGGCGGCGAUGAUGGUCGUCGACUCGUACCUGUUCCCCUACUUUAUCGCGCCCAUCAUUGGCCCCAAUCGGGCCCAUUACUUGGGCCUCAUCUACACCCUGCCGUCCCCCCAAACGGGCCUCUUCCUGCUGUUCAUCUGCGUCGCGUGCCUGCUGCCCGACUUGGCCGUCAAAGCCCUCUACCGUACCCUCUACCCCUCCAUCCUCCACCGUGUCAUCCAGUCAUUAGCAAAGAAAGAUACCGUACUCGACACGUUCCGCCAGCCGAUGAUCCUCCUUGCCGACGUCGUCGGGCUGAAGCAGGAGCUGGAGAGUGGAAAGUACGGCUUCAUGUUCGCCCAGGAUGACGGGAGAGUGAUCUCGCAGGGAGAUCUUCUGAAAAUGUAUGGCGCCCCGGACUGUCGCUCGUCCAGAAGACAGAACCAAAAUAAACCCGCCGCCGAGCACCAUCUGGUCGAGCAGAGCCCCGUCUCGUCCACGAAAUCCCUCAACUCGCGCAACCCCCGGCAUGUCAAAUGGGCAUCACACCCCACCGCCGAGCCGAUCAUCACUGAAGAGCCGGUCGUUGCCAAGCCGAAUGAUGAACACAAAUCAAGCCCUAGCUGUGAGGACACCCAGGUGGCCACUAUGGAAUUGCCGCCCGGCGUCGACGGCCCC